AGAGCGGUUCAUGAGGCGUCUAUUAUGUCUAUGGCCAAUCAGGUGUCGGGUAAAUCGAGUUACCCGGAUGCAAAACAUCACACCAAAAAUGACCGCGAACAUCCCUCUGUAAAGGAUGCUGCCACCGAAGCUAAAUUUAAAACAUUGAUGAAAGCAACAGUUUCUUUUUAGGGGCUGGAUAUAGUAGCCGUUGGUUUUCACGUUGUAUUUUGCCCUCACACGAUCGAAAAAUGGACGAAUACGACGAACUUUUUGAGAUUGAAGACCAAUUCGAGGAGCAGUUUGCCGACGAGCUCGAAGUGUUGGCUCAGAUGGAGGAGGAAACCUCCCAGCCGGCACAAUGUCUGAAACAGGUCCAGGGAGACGACAUUUCAGACAUACAGCACCUUCUGGAUAAUCAGCCCAGCACUCCUAAAGCAAAGCGGCAGAAGCAAGAUACGGGAGUUGUGAAGCGUCUUUUCAAUGCAUCCCAAACUCAGGAGAGGAACGUCCCGUCACAGGAUGAUAACAUCACGCCUCCAUCCUCCCCUGAGCAUUAUGAGCCGUCAAACACCUUCAGAUCUACUCCUGCUGUAUUGGACAUCAGUGGCUUGGCUGAGAUCCCAGGGACACCCAGGCGGCCCAUCACAUCGCCCCCACCAUCCAGGUGUGUUCUGAGGCGCCCACCUUUGGAGGGAGACUUCAUUAGUGUGACGGACUCAUCAGGAAAUCGGGUCUACCUCCGACAGAAGGGAGAAGCGGAUACAAAGACUGUGAACUCAAGAAUAUUGCCAAACUCCCAUGGUGCACUGGGACUGCUGGCAUUGCCAGUAAGAGUGCUGAGAGAACAAGAGGCUGAGAGGUGUCACCAGCAGGUUGUUGAGUCACAGCGUCUUACUGAGCUGCUGGUCAGCAGUCUAAACGAUGCAUUUACUGACUCUGGAAACACUGAGGACCAGGAGAACGAGGAUCCCCCAGGUGCCGAGGGACAAACAUCCCAACUGUGGGUGGAGAGAUUCUCACCGCGUCACUACACAGAGCUCCUCAGUGAUGAUUUCACUAACCGGUGUCUGCUGAAGUGGCUGAAGCUGUGGGACAACGUGGUGUUUGGAAGGGAGAGGAAAUCCCGCCCUGUUCGCUCCGACAGACAAUCAGCCAAUCAGAUUCCAUUCAAACUCAACCAGGGAAGUCAGAAUCCAAACCGCUUCAAGAGCAAAAUGGAGAUGACUGAGGAAAUCCUGGAGGAUGAACUGGACCAGUACAAACGACCCAAAUACCGGGUGGCGCUACUGUCUGGACCUCCCGGUUUAGGGAAGACUACCUUGGCUCAUGUCAUAGCAAAGCAUGCUGGGUACAAUGUGGUGGAAAUCAAUGCCAGCGAUGAUCGGAGUGCAGAGGUCUUCCAGAAACGCAUCGACGCGGCAACUCAGAUGAAGUCGGUUCUAGGAGCCAACGAGAGGCCCAACUGCCUGAUUAUUGACGAGAUUGACGGAGCGCCGGCGGCGGCCAUCAACAUCCUGUUAUCAGUGCUGAACAGGAAAGACACACACGGUGGGGACACUGGGACAGAGGCGGCCAAGAAGAAAAAGAAGAAGGAGUCUGUACUGCUUCGCCCAAUCAUCUGCAUCUGUAACGACCUUUAUGUUCCUGCUCUCAGACCUCUCAGACAACAAGCUUUUCUUCUGGCUUUCCCACAAACUCAGCCUUCUCGCCUCUCUCAGAGAUUGGCAGAGAUCUCCACGCUGCAGGGCCUGAAAGCAGACACAGGUGCUCUGAUGUGCUUGUGUGAGAAGACGGAUAAUGACAUCCGCUCUUGCAUCAACACACUACAGUUCCUGCAUGGGCGUGGCUUGAAGCAGCUGGACUCCAGAAUCAUCCAGAGCGUCUCUGUUGGGCAGAAGGACCAGAACAAAGGCUUGUUCUAUCUGUGGCAGGAGAUCUUCCAGUUACCACGUACUAAACGGUAAACUGUGUGUACAGUGAAUAGUGG